AUGUCGUUGCCGACUGCCUCUUACAGUCAGGCCCUUCUACCCACCUCACCCUCCCAUGCUGUGUCAUGCAACCUCAGCCCGACCGGCGGACACCUCGUCACAGCCCGCGAUGAUACGCUCCAAGUCUGGCAGGUCACGCCCAAAGGCAAGCUGCACCAUCUCCUUACUCAGACCUUCUUCGGAACCAUCACUGGCCUCCUCGCUAUGCAAACCCUCGAAUCAGAGUCGGACGGAUGUCAUCGUCUCAUCGUCUCAUUCAAGUACGCCAAGCUCGCCCUCCUCGAGUGGAACGACGAGGCUCAGGAGCUCGAGACGGUCAGCAUUCAUACGUAUGAGCGCACGCCUCAAGUUGCACAGGGGCUGCCAAACCAUUUCAGGCCCAUCUUGAGUCAAGAUCCGGAGGGAAGAUGCGCCACGCUUCUCCUUCCACAGGAUAGUCUGGCUGUACUGCCCCUCAUUUCUUCCAGCGAUCUGGCGCUGCUGGAUGAUGAGGACGAUUUGUACAACGACGGGCCCAACGGCAACGGGUACGGCGCCAAUGCGAGCGGACCAAGCUACCGCAAUAGCAACAGCAGCGAAGAGCGUCGUCGCCUGCCCUACACCCCAUCCUUCGUCCUUCCCCUCUCCGAGGUCGACCCUUCAAUACGCAACGUGAGGGACGUGGCCCUCCUCCCGAACUUCCAAAAGCCAACCAUCGCCGUUCUCUGCGAGCCGCAGGAGCAAGCAUGGACGGGAUCACUGGGAGUGAAGAGUGAUACGAUGCACGUCUUCAUCUUCACGCUCGACCUCUCUUCCACGACACACCCGGUCCUCUCACAGGUGGCAGAUCUACCCUACGAUGCCAUGUACCUUGUGGCUUCCCCGCCUAGCCUGGGAGGCGUAUUCGUGGUCACGCCCAGCAGUUUGUUUCAUGUGGAUCAGAGCGGGCGAUUGGUGGGACUCAGGGUCAAUGGAUGGGCGGAGAUGACUACCAUGAAUAGCGAAGUGCGAAGAUUUCCGCUGCACAGCGAGAGGGAGGGCGGGCAGCAGCUUGAUCUAUGUGACUCGCAUAUCGCAUGGAGCGAGGGGAUGGAGCUGACGCUGCUCGACAGCGAGGCUAGAGGGGGCAAAACGAAGCCGUCUGCGGGAAGCGGGUUCUUGGUUCUCAAGGACGGUCAGGUUUUCGGCAUCAGGUGCGCCUUGGAUGGACGUACGUUGUCGGGCCUCUCGCUUCACCCGGUUAAUCAGGUGCCGCCAUUAGCCCCGCCGAGUGCCGUGCUGUCGCUCUCACAUUGCGAGGGUCUUUUCGUGGCCUCGAUGCUCGGAGAGUCCAGCCUCGUAGGCAUAGGAGCGCGACGAGCAACGGUGGGGCAGAAGGAAGAGGAUGAGACAGACAGCAAAGCAAAGCAGCAACAGCAAUCAGCAAUGGACCUAGACGAGGAGGAUGACGCCCUCUACGGGGACUCUGCUGUUCCUUCCACAUCCACAGCUGCUGCGACAGCAGCUGCCACCUCAUCAAGCAGCACCCACUUAGACUACACCCUCUCCCUCCUCGACACCCUUCCCGGCCUCGGGCCCCUCUCUGACCUCACUCUGUCGGUACUUCCCUCGUCGGACGGGUCAGGGGACGAUAUAGUCAAGCUGGUAGCCACGCACGGGGUAGCCCCGCAUGGUGGACUGGUGCACAUUGAGGACGUCCUUCAGCCGCGCAAGCGAAGAGCGGUUGUGCUGCAUAGCAGGCAGCGCCAGCACGAGGGCAUGACCAUUCCGGCGCUGGAUAAUGUGAGGCGGGUGGCGCCGGGCCGCUACUUGGGUGUCAACCCGCUCGUGGGGACGCCGACCCUUUAUGCCAUCGAGGGGGAAGGGAGGGCGGAAGUGCUCAUGGAGUUUUGGAACGAGAAGGUCAAGGCCGUCGGUUGGCUCGGUCUUUCCGAUGCAGGCAGAGAGAGAUAUCUCGUCGUCUCUGAGUCGAGCAUCGUCGUCAGGAGCAUUGCAAUGGACGGCGAGGAUGAUCAGGCGCAAGAUCGGGAGGACGCCGCACGCCAGACCGACUUAGCGGGUACGGCCCGGCAGGUCGUUCUGGGUUUGGAUGAGAGCAACGAUGGGAUCGUGAGCACUAUCGCCGCUCGUCUCGAGGAUGGACGUGCGCAGAUCCUUGUGGUCGACGCGGCAGGCAAAGCGCAUCAGAUCGCCCUACUGGACAGCCAGGCCUACACGCGCAUCGCCCUCUUCACCGACGAGACUAGCACUUUCUCCCGCUCAGCAGCAGCAACAUCAGGGCCUUCCUCGUCCGACCUUACCUCUCGACGUCAAGCAAUGGAUGAGGACGAAGUAGAUUAUGGAGACGAGGACCUGCCCAACGUAGCUACUUCAGCGCCCGUUGCGCUGCCCGAGCCCACUCAUCACCUCGCCCUCAUUUCCUCCUCGGGCGGGCUAGAGCUGUUCACACUUUCUAGCAAAGAAGGCGCUCAAAGGCAAUGGCGCUCCAACUCGAUCAUGGACCUGCCGGCACAGCUUGAGCCGCUCAGCGGCAGUGAGGAGGACGAGCCUGUCAUUACCUGCUCUGAGACGGUCGACGUACAAGAGGACGUCGAUGACCUGUGGGUGGGCGUCGUCGGGGAUAUAGAAGAGGAAGAAGGUGGAGCGCUCAGCUCUCUUUGCGUCGCUCUAGCGGAGCGCAGCGGCCUCCUCAACGUCUGGGUCGCACGCAAGACCUCGUCCGGCAGCUUCGUCUUCAACAAGAAGCUCGCACGACAACUCUCCGGCUUAGACGACUCCGAAGACUCUGAAGGCGGUGCUGCAAGCACUAUGCUCCCCCCAGAUGGAGAGAUUGCAUCUCGCAUCCCACAUCGGAUCAUCGAGACUACGACCCCCGGCACGGCAGGUGGCCGUCGUCUUUUCGUCACCGGCCCAAGCAAGACGGGCUGGUUGGUGAAGCCCCGCAAGGGCAAGCUGCAAUUCUUUGCAAGCGCUCAUCGCCGCGUUCGCGGUUUGGCCCCUUUCGACGACGUGGCCGACGAAGACGAGGAGUACGAUCCCGACCCCGAGCGUGUUGCUUCUCCAACAAGGCCGACGUAUAUUAUUUCCGACACACACGGCCUCUCCCUUUGUCGCUUCCCACCUUCAGACCUGCGGUACGACCUCGACCUGCCUUACACGCUUCACAGCACUGGAAGACAAUACACCCACGUCAGGCCCUUCCCCACACUCCGCGCCCUAGUGACCGCAAGUGUCAAUCGCACUCAGUUUGUGCAAUUCGACACCGAGGAUAUGAGUAUCGUCCGACCACUCGAGUACGACCCUACGCCAGCCUACUCCACACGUGGCGCCCUCGAGCUCUUCAGAGGGGACAUGGGCGCUCCAGUUGACGGGUAUGAGUUUGAACAGAACGAGACCAUUACCGCUCUCGAGCUGGUCACUCUUCAUUCGUCCUCUACCGCCACGGGACUGAAGGACUUUAUUGCCGUGGGCACGUCGGUCUUCAACGGGGAGGAUCGACCCACGAGGGGCGGGAUGUACAUCUUUGAUGUAGUGGAAACGGUCUCCGAUCCCUCUGACCCGGUAGUCGGGAGCAACGCUAGGUUGAAAAUGCUGGUGAAAGACGACGCCAAAGGCCCCGUCACAGCUUGUGGUGACAUAUCGGGCUACUUUGUUGUCUCCAUCGGGCAGAGACUUUUCGUCCGCGCGUUGGAGAAGGAGGAAGUGCUGAUUAAUGUCGCAUUCCUCGACGUCGGGUUCCUCUCAACAUCGCUCCGCCGGCUGGGUAGCACUCUCCUCAUCGCCGACGUCAGGCGAGCGGUGCUCUUCGCCGGCUUCCAGGAGGACCCCUUCAGGUUGACGGUCUUCGCUCGUCAGUUCCCCGGAGUGGAGGCGGAGAUGGCUGGUGGUGGGUAUGCCACCGCAGCGGAGUAUCUGGUCAGUGAGGAGGGACUAGGCUUCGUGGCUGCGGACUGGCGUGGUGUGUUGCGCUUGCUCGAGUACCCAGCUGCGAAGGCUGUUGCGGAGGCUAGUGGUGAGGGAGGAGCACCACCCGCGACUGCCGCUGAUGGAGGUGGAGGGAGCAGCAGCUCUAGUCGGCUGCAUGUCAGGACCGAGUUCCAGACGAGCGCGACGGAGUUUACCGGCUCGCUCAGCCGGGCUCCUGCUGCCCUCGUUUACGGUGGUGGGCGCGACGCCGCUGAGACAGGGGCGGACGGCUCAGCCUCAAGCUCAGCAAUCGCCCUGCGCAACGAAGUCGUAUUGGCUACCUCCUCCGGAUCCCUGGUCAUCGUCCGGCCACUCACCCACCACGGCCAGUCUUUAUCCCAUCCAUCGGCGGCGUUGGCCGCCUCCCUCAGCAACAGCAUGCAACGUCUUGUCCCGCACGCUGCCGCCUUACCACCGCGUGGGGCGCGCUUGGUAGCCGGAAAGGUCAGCGGGGCUGCCAGGCCGUUGAAUAGGGGCAUGCUCGAUGGAGGGGUACUGGAGGGGGAGUGGUUGAUGAUGUGCAGUAGGGUGAAGAGGGAGGAGUUGGCGGGCGUGGUGAGGGGGACGAUUGCUGGGCAAGGUAAUCAAGAAACGGAGGCGGGAGAAGGAGGAGUCAGUGAGGAGAGAUUGAGGAGGGCAAUUGCGGGCUUGUUCGCGUAG